AGGAGCUAAGGAGGUGGGUCAACAGGGGGUGUGUGUAAAACUCUCAAACUAAAACCACAAGUAAAGGUUGGGUGGACUGUGGAGCGGAGAGUCGGAGUUAGGCUUGGGUACUGCUUCGAGCUUCAGAAACCUCAGUGAUCACCAUCACCUUCAUCUGCACACGCAUGAGCAACUGCUUCAUUCACAACAACAAUCACCACCACAAUCUCUUCCACCUCCUCCAUUUCACUUCAAACUGAUUCUUAAUUAUUAUUAUUGAAAAAGAAAAUACAGAAUGGGGACUAGGGUUCCGGUGCAGCACUACAACCUCAAUUCACCCUCUUCCUUCAUCGAGAGUCCCCUCCACGUUCUCAACGCUGUCGACGCCAGAACCGCCGCACCCUCCCCCAUUGACCACAUCGCCGCCCCCACCCCGGACCCCACCACACACGAUUCUGCUGCUGCCGUCGACUGCAUGAACGAGUCCCAUAGGAGUUGUUUUGACGAGGAUCGCUCAAGUCUGGAGACUAACGAGUCUUCCAGGGGCACUUAUGAUAUCUUAACCAUUGAGGAUGUUUCGCCUAUAGAGACAGCAAGGGCGAGGUUUCUGCAAAUAGUUGUGGAUCAUUUUAUCGAUGAUCAUGUGAUUGAAGUGGCUGAUUCAGAGGCUGAUUAUUCCGGCCAAGACAAGCUGGAUAAGAGAAGGAACAGGGAGAUACAGUAUGAAGGGGACCCGAAUUUUGCUCUGCCUUUGAUGUAUGUGGCCAAUAUGUAUGAGACUUUAGUGAAUGAUGUUAAUAUGAGGCUUGCUUCCUUGAAUGGUAUUCGCGAGAAGACGAUUGGGGUAGCCCUUGAAGCAGCUGGUGGUUUGUAUAGAAGACUGGCUAAGAAGUUUCCUAAAAAAGGACCGCGUACAUAUAAGAGAAGAGAAUUGGCAACUUCUAUGGAAACAAGGACAAGGUUCCCAGAACUAGUUAUACAAGAAGAGAAGCGAGUUCGUUUUGUGGUAGUUAAUGGUUUGAAAGUUGUUGAGAAACCAAAUACCAUGUCAAUUGAUGAUGCUGAAUGGUUUAAGAGAUUGACAGGUCGGAAUGAAGUAGCUAUCUCAGCUGAUGACUACAAAUUUUAUUCUCCAAGACACAAGUUUCGGCGUGCUGCAUCAAUUUCACUUUCCAAUAUCCCUGAUAUCCCUAGUUUCCCUGGAGCUGACAAUUCUUCUACAUUGACUAUUAAUCAAGGAUUUCGCUCACAGACCCCGACCAAACAUCACUUGCAAUCAUUGCCACAUCAACCUCAGUUUCACGCAGUUCUCCAGAACAAUCAAGCUAUGCACCAAAGUCCGCAUGCAGGGCCCUAUUCCCAUAACCAUCAAAGUGGUCCGCCGUCCCACCUGUCGGAAAUAUCUCAUGCUCACCAACCAACAUCAAUAUCCCAACACAUGAAUUGCUUACAACCACUCACAGGUGGCCAUGUUGGAGGACGCUUGCACAUGCUGCCACCAACCCCUGCAAAAUAUUGUGAUGAAUGUGGGGCUCCAUAUCUGAGGGAAACAUCCAAGUUUUGUUCUGAGUGUGGUUCAAAGAGGUUAGGAAUCUGAACAAGUUUUGCUAGUUCAUUGACAAACUUGGGCUGAUCACUGGUAGCAUCUUUACAUUUCAAGUGAGUUAGCUUAAUAGGUAGAAAAGAGUGCAGAUUUCACUUGAUAGCUCAUAGGUGUAAUCCGAGUAAAUCUUUGUAGAUAUCUGUAUUGGGUUUGGCUUUUUGAUGUAAGUUGUAACAGAAUGUUCAGAAAUGACAAAAUGGCAAGUUAUCAUACAAAGAAUCCAAGUGUACUCUAGCAAUUAUUGCUGAUUUAGCAGUUC